AUGGAGCGAAAACCGCCGUCGAUCAGCGACAAUAGGAAACCACCUCCUGUAGCUAGCAUGCCUGCUUCAGGAAAGACUGAUGCAUCCAGUGCUAGUGCUAGUGCUAGUGCUAGUGCUAGUGCUAGUGCUAGUGGUGUGGCCAAAGCGUCUCCGAAGAAACGAAGAGCCAAGGGUCCCGCGGACCCCGAGCUUGAGCACAAGCGCCGCAUCAGUCGCAACAGUUCCCAGAGACUUCGUCAACGCGAGAAAGAGCGCUUUGAAACUCUUCACAACCAGAAGAAUCAGUUGACCAAAGCCAACGACAAACUCAAGAAGGACAAUGAGCUCGUACGAGCGCAAAUACAAACAGUGCGCCAAAUGCUCGGCACCACCGCUAUCCCCAACCCUAACUUCGCGCAUAUGCCACGUGACAUCAAUGGGCUUUCGCCGCUUCAGCAGUUAACAGCACCGACUCCCGCAGAUCCACCCGCGCGACGUUUGGAUUUGGCCGGGACACCACUUGUUGCUGCAUUGAUAGCAGCUAGCAGUGGUGCUCCCGCACCUGCUGCCCCUGUGCCAACCAACAACAACAGCAACCUCUUGUCUCUGUUGACUGGUACUAGUACCGUUAGUACAAGCAACCCACCAAGAAACACAAACAGCCAAGACUUGCUUCAGCUUGCGGCUUCCAACCCCCAAAUCGUUGCACAGCUCAUUGCAGCCUCGCAGCCUUCUCCGCCGCCACCACCGGCGCCAGCCCCCGCUCCUCGUGGGGAUGAAUCAUUGGAACAAGCGAUUAUGCAACUCCUCCAGGAACGACAGCAGCAGGCACAACGACAGCAGCAGUUGGAGGAACAAGCGGCUCUGGAACGGCUAGGCACUCUUCUAGCUAUUCAGAAUCUACCAGCCUCUGCCAUCUCAGCCUUGAUGGGAUCUGUGGGUCCAGCUCCUCCGGCGGCAGCACCAGUGCUGUCACUCAUGCAACAGCUACAGCCGGGGACUGCGGCUUCGUCUGUGUCCACGUCGUCAUCAUCAUCAUCAACCGCAACAUCCGCAACGUCCAUGACUGGUCAGGAUGUACAGCAGCUCCUCCAGCUAUUGCAACAGCAGCAACAGUCACAACAAGUACAAUCACAAGGACGAAGACAGCAACAGCCCUAA